AUGAUGAAGUCGCCGUUGUGGCGGUAUCGGUUGAGCAUUGGCGCGCCAUUCUAUUCAAAAUUAUCUUUUAAUGAUCAUUCAAUAUUACAACGAUUUGAUAUCUUUCAAUUUAGAAAUGUUUAUUUUAUCUUUCGUCAAACAACUGAUGAUGAUGAUGAUGAUGAUGCACAACAAAAUGUUACUUAUCUUUCAUAUUUUAUAGAUUUAUCCAAUGUAACUGGAUUAGAUUUUGCGCUUAACAUUUUAGCAUGUCCAAAUGUGACUAAACUUGUAAAUGAUACUCGAUUAUUGAUGUUAUCAAGAUUAAUCGAUAAUUCAUUAAUUAUUUCAAUAUUUAAACAAAUUAAAAUGAUCAAAUCAAUAACAGAAAAAUUUUAUUUUCCUUCAAAUUUUGCAUUAAAAUUUGUUCAACAUUUUCCGUCACAAUUUUAUAUUGAACUUCAAGUGUUUUCAUUCGAUAAUUAUGUGCCUAUUAUUAAUAUAUUUCUUACUUAUCUAAAAAAAAAUUUAGUAAAUGUUAAAAUCUAUUAUUCUCAAAAUACAAUAUUCGAUAAUACUUUUUUACCUGAUUAUAUUAUUGAAAAACGUCGACAAACUUUUCCUGAUAAUAUCAUUGAUGAAAAAAUAGUCUUUGUAACAAAUAAUGGAGAAGCGAUAGGAAUUUAUUUAAUGUGA